AUGGAGUAUUUCGAUUUUGAUGAAGCUGCUCGACAGAACGGGGACAUCUUCCGCUACACCGAAGUUGCUGACCAAGACCGCUGCGACCCAAUACUGGCCGGCUUUGACAACGCUGCGCCUCCCAAUACUACACCUUCUUUCAGCCAACCCAGCGAUGCGCAACAGCCCUCGAGCCUCGAUGGAGCUUAUCCUAUGCACCGCGUGAAGGACCCCUGCUACUUCUGCCGUUGUAUGGGAUUGGAUUGUGUCGUUGCUCAAAGAGGUGUUAUGCAAAACGCCUGCACUUGUUGCAUUGCUUUAUACCGAAAGUGCAGUUUUACCCGUCCUCUGUCCAAAGAAAAUCACAUCGAUACUCAACAAUCCGAGUCUGAAGCCAGUUCUGCAAAAGGGCCUUCAUCACCAAGCCAACCACCAAACCCUGGAAAGAUCUCCAACCUACCAAAAGAUAUAGAACAACAGCCCCGCAAAUCCGGAGUCAGAUUUUCACUUAAAGCCGUCAAGGUCCUGAAGUCCUGGAUCUCAGAGCACGCUUCACAUCCGUACCCAACUGACGCCGAGAAGGACGAGCUCAAAGAGAAAACUGGAUUGAACAGGAGCCAGAUUUCUAGUUGGCUGGCAAACGCCCGUCGACGAGGAAAAGUACGACCUCCACCUCGCUGUACUUCCCCGUACCCCGGGGCGGUAACUAUCCCCGGAAAGCGUCUUCCUCCCGGGGUUGAUAUCUCGGAGCUCAACCCCCUCGAGAGAUGGAAACAUUCUCCACCGGAAAACGAAGCAGCUUCGGCAAGAGAUAUCAUUCAGGCCAUGGCUACUAGCUCUUUCAUCUCUCAUCUGGAAUCUGACUUCCCCCAUUUAAAAUCGCACUCACGCCACACUGACUCUAGCAACGACGAUUCUUACUCCAAUAAACUGACUGCACAUUCAAUUAGCGGUUAUAGCGCGGACACGAAUAAGUCCAGUUUGUCCGAGAUGUCAUUUGCUUCAGCUUUUUCACACCGCUCGCGCGGGUCAUGGAACUCAACCGAAAACCGAGAACGUCGGCGACGGCGUCAUAAAUCUGCUGCAGCACCGAACCCUUUCCAAAAGUCAAGAGUUGCCCGGAUCUUCCAAUGUACUUUUUGUACAGACUCAUUCCCAACUAAAUAUGAUUGGCAACGCCAUGAGAAGUCGUUGCAUCUUGCCCUUGACAAGUGGACAUGUGCGCCAAAUGGGGGAGUCAUCACUAAUGCCAGUGGCGAGCUUGUAUGUGCUUUCUGCAAUCAUCCUAAUCCAGAUGAGGACCAUCUUGAAACACACAAUUUUAGCACCUGUCAGGAAAAGUCGGUCCAGGAGCGGACUUUCUACCGCAAGGACCACCUAAAUCAACACUUGCGUUUGAUGCAUGGUGUUAAACUUGCUCCAUGGAUGGACGCCUGGAAGAGCACUACGACUAAGAUCAAGUCCCGAUGUGGAUUCUGUUCAGCAACCUUUAACACUUGGAAAGAACGUGUUGAUCAUCUUGCAGCGCAUUUUAAGGCUGGGACAGAAAUUUCCCAAUGGCGAGGUGACUGGGGGUUUGAAUCACAUAUUGAGGAAUGUGUUGAAAACUCUAUGCCUCCCUAUCUGAUUGGGCAGGAGAGGAACACGUUAGACCCGUGGGUAGCGUCCAAGGCCUUCAAUCUAGCAAAAUACGGACGCAAUUUUAGCAAAGAACACAAAGUUGCACCAAGCGAAGAUACAGAAAUGUCAGCCCUCGGGAUGCCCUUCCGCACCGAUGCUAGCUGUUUCCGACGAUUAGAAAAAGAGCUUUCCGCGUACAUUGCACGGCUCUUUGACGAAGGCAUCACUCCUACUGAUAAACUGCUGCAGUCAAAAGCUAGACUGAUUGUCUAUGGAAGUGAUGAUACCUGGAAUCAAACGUGCGCAGACAAUCCAAUAUGGCUGAAAGUUCUGAAGCGAAACAAUGGUCUUGAAGAUUCCUCGGAUACGGAAGACAUCAAGCUUGAAGAUUUGGGCAUGCAGCCACCAUUUGCCGCCGAUGGGGGCCUACGGCAGGCUCCAGCCCAUUCCUCCAGGCCCCGCCAAGCGCUGUCGGGGACCUUAUCUCCUCCCUCUGGGUUUGAAUCAACAACUGCAAGCAAUCCGGCCAGCAUCGCAGGUAGCACUAGGAAUAAUUCUGAUUUCUGCUUCAAAGGUGGAGGCGGGAGCAGAAGCAGCGCGCACAAUUACACUCCUUCCCCUGGUUCCCACAGCCCGCAUAACCUCAACUUUCCAAGCCCUAUGUCCGUCCAUCCCCAUGGAGUGAAUAAUGAAAGCAUCGCGGUCGACCCGCUUUUAGAGAUGGGAUUUGAUGCCGAGUUUCUUCAACAAUUAAACGAUGGCUACGGCGAUCUUGACCGUGUGAUCGAUGGGCUUGAGCUUCAAGGGCUUGGAUACACUGGAGCUACCUUACACAAUGGAACAUUUAACGUUCAAAAGAACAACAACAAUAACAAUACUUAUGACAAUAUCUCGACUACUGACUCUGCGCCCGUCACUCCUCAUUCCGGAAUGGCCAUGACCUCACCAGAGGCACUCUACACAAUUGUAUCAUCCGGAGGAUCAGUUGAACCUGUAUAUAUCCCAGGAGCCUUUGACUCCUUGUCUUAUAAUUUUCAGCAGACUACAGAUGGCUACAGAGGGGGUUGA